UUUCCUUUAUAUAACUCGUGUAUUUAUUCAUUGUUUCAGUCACUGUUACCAGAUGAGGUGGGUUCAUGUGUCUUGGAGGCGUGUAAGUCUGAAUACUGGAAGUCAAAUCCACGCAAGUUUUGCGACUUUUGUAAAUGUUGGAUUGCAGACAACAAACCCAGUGUAGAAUUCCAUGAAAGAGGUAAACGACACAAAGAGAAUGUUCAAGUGCGUCUGGCAGAGAUGGGAAGGAAAGGACAAGAAGAGUAUGAGGCUAAACAACAGGAAGGUGACUUCCUUAAAGCUAUGGAGGAGGCUGCUUUAAAAGCCUAUAAGAGUGAUAUUGAAGCAAAUCCUGAUCUAACGGGGACCAAGAUCAAUGAGAUAGCUGCAGCCAGUAAUGCAGAGAUUGUUGUUGGUAAUAAAAAGACGAUAGAAGACACCAAGACUUCAGAUGCACCCGUGAUAAAAAACUGGUAUGAGGCCCAAUCACCAGAAGGAUACACCUAUUACUGGAACACUGAGACAGGAGAGUCUAAAUGGGAGGUGCCAGAGGAAGGAUUUCUAUCCACCAGUGAACAAGAAAAACUGAACAAGAAAAACACUAAAGAUUCAAACUCACACACUAAAAACAGCAUCAGUAAAAAAGAGUCACCAGCAGCUAAAGUCUCCAGCAGUAAAAGUACCAGUGUAUCGUCUCAACCCGUAACAUAUGGACCAGCAAAGAAAGCUGAAGCAUAUUCUUCCUGGCAACAAGUUCAAACUGAACCUCAGCAACCUGCUGUAGACUAUCAACUCCCACAAAUUGUUGAAGAAGGUUAUUAUGGUCCAGAGGUGUCGAUUAGAAAACAAGAAGUCUCAUUCAGAGAAAAAACUGUGACUCUCUCAUCAAGUGAUCGAGAGAGCCUUGGAAAUAUUGGGUUUAAGAAGAGAAAGGCUGCACAGGACAAUAAAAAGAGCAUGAGAAGAAGAAAUAAUGAUUUAUAGUCUUUAAAAUAGGAAAAUUUAUAAACUUUAUUAUUAAGAUAUUUUAAUACCUGUUGGUAUAAAUAAUAAUUACAUGUGAAAAAUUAAAGUCUCCCAUAUCA